AUGAAGAGGUAAGAGAUCAGGGGGGCAUUCCAUCAAAGUCGCUAAGAAAAUCGGGACUAUGGUGUAAUCUUGAAGCUUGAAGUAACGGCCACUCCAAACCAAGCCCCAACCCGUUCCAUCAAACGAGAUCAGCUGGCUCCACUUGACGCUAAUUCCAGCCUCACCUGUUAAGCCUCACACUGAGCGCCUCCCCGCGGAAUAUAAAAAGACCCAACAAGUCGAGUGCUGAAAGUGUUGCAAAAUGGCUCAGAAUGCCGCAAAACCACAGGCAGAGAUUUUCUCUGCUGCUGAACAAAACCUCCUUAUGGGGUUAUAUGAUGAUUACCGUGAUAUAAUAACUAAAAAAGGUAACACCGCUCAAAUAAACAAAGUGAGAGAGGCAGCAUGGAAGACAAUUGCCGACAGGCUGAAUGCGUAAGUGAUGUUUCAUCCAUUCAUUAUUUCAGAUGAUAAUCCCAUCUCAAUGUUAUUGAUACAACCUGUUUGACAUAACAGAAUUGUAAUUUAGGCUGUAAAAUUAAAGAAAUUCACUACAAGACAAGUUGUAGGCUACAGAUGAUUUAUUCAGAUUUAUAAUCUGAGUUGAAGUGGCUAUAAUCAAAUUGUUUUAUAUGCAAAACAUUUAUCACACAGUUGAUCAUGUAUUAUCUCAUUUACCUAAUUCCCCCUAUUCAGAGGAGCGCUGUUUAAAUGUUUGCAGGGGUUAAUUGAUUCUCUUGUUGCAUAAAAAGUAGCUAAUUCCUUCAUUUUACCUUCAUGUCUGUGCAGUAGGAUGAGGAACUAACUAAAACUCACUCAGCAUUCACUGUGUCUUUUAUUAACCUCCUUUUACUGUCCAAACAGAAGCAACCUCGGAGGCCAGAAAUGCACCUGGCAACAGGUCAAAAUAAAAUAUAAAAACAUCCUUACAAAUGGUCAGUGAUGCAUAAUAAUUGUAAUAAUGUGAAAUGUAUUAGUAAAUAUAACUGUAAAGCUGUGACUGUGUUCCUUGCAGCAACCAAGAAAAAAGCUCGACUGGGAGCCACUGGUGGGGGACCACCACCUGAGGAGUUUACACAGGCCGAAUCCCUAACCCUCAGCUACAACAAGGGCCCCAAAAUUGAUGGUAUUCAGGGGGGGAGUGCUUCCUCUCCUAUUGAUCCAGCGAUACGGGCCACAUUUGUUGAAGGUACUGUACUGUCAACCACUAUCCCUCCGCUGCAUGGCGACAGCCCCUCAGUUGAUUUAGCUGACUGUUAACAUGUUUUUUCUAUUAGUAACGGAGGGACAAAUCACUUUAUUGGAACCCCCGGAAGUUGCAGCAGGGCCCCCAGGAGACCCUGUAAGUCCCAACCUGUAACUGAAAUGCUGUCUGGCCUCCUACACCUGCUCAAAUAACUGAUGUUCCUCCAUUUGCAGGGUGAAGGACCUAGUCAUCAGUAUCACCAGGACAGAGAUGAAGAGGAGACCCUUUUCUGUAGAAGACACUGUACUCCAAGAUGUAAGUCUGAAUGUUAAAUAUUAUUCAUGUUGUUUGCAUUGUCAAAAUUAAUAAAUCAAACCCUGCUGCAGCAGACUACCCCAUCCUCAACCGGAAGGAGUGA